GCUAAAGGAGUUGUUCCAAGAUGGCGUAAACACAACGUAAAAAGCAAUAAUGUCGUUCUUAUGCUAAAGUACAAUGCAGACAAGGUAAAGUGGCAGUUAUCUUUUUUACACGAGUAGCCAUUUGAACACAAGCGAAUCAGCCAAGAUGGAGGAUGAAGAGACAACGUUGGCUUUGAUACGAUGCUAUUGCUAUGAAAAGUAUUUCAAUCACGCUGUGAACACUGCAGCAGCAGCUCAGAGGAAAUUCAGCAAUGAUCCCAUCUAUACUUUUUUCCAUGCAUAUGGUGCCCUGAUGCAAGAUCAAAUUCAAGAAGCCUCAAUAGAGUUGGACACAUUAAGAGACAGUCGAGAUGUGUCUCUCUGCACGUUAAUGGCUCUUGUCUAUGCUGAGAAAAAAAAGAUAAACCCAGACAGAGAGGUCAUUCAAGAACUUGAUGCUAAAGUCAAAGAGGAUCGAAAAAGUGCUUCUCCCAAGAGUCUGUACUAUGCGGGGACGUUUCUCUGGCUAUUAGGUCGAAAUGAUAAGGCAAGGGAGUACACAGAAAGAAUGAUCAAACUCUCCAGUGGCUCUAGAGAGGGGAUGAUCCUAAAAGCCUGGAUAGAUGUGACAUCUGGGAAAGACGCCUACGCCAGAAAGGCUGGAAAGUACUUCGAUGAGGGACUGAAAGAGAGAGCGGAUGUUUUUGCCCUGAUGGGAAAGGCACAAUACUAUGAAUAUCGUCAGAACUACUCCGGAGCAUUGGAGAUGGUUAACAAGGUCAUUGUUAGCUUCCCUGGGUUCUUGCCUGCCCUCACCAAGAAGAUGAAACUGUUGCUCAGCCUUCAAGACUGGGAGCAAACCAUAAGCGCAUCACACAGGCUUUUACAGAAGGAUACAAAUAACCUGGAGGCACUACGGAUGCUAGCUCUACAUUCUUUAUGCAGAGAUGGAGAUAUUACUGAGUCGGUGAAGCAGCUUUCAAACCUCAUCAGCAGCUUGGAGAUUCUGGAACCGCACAACCCAGAGCUUUUCUACAGGAUGUCUCUAGCCUUCACCCGUGUUUGUGGACGGAAUGAGAAAGUGAUGGAGCAGACGUUUAGGAUGGUGGAGAGAGCCUUCUCCGUGGCAUCGGGGGACUCAGACUUAGCCACAGAGUUGGGCUACCAGAUGGUGCUUCAGGGCAGAAUCAAGGAGGCCAUGAAGUGGUACAAGACAGCCAUGACUUUGGAUGAGACAAGUGUUUCGGCUUUGACUGGUAUAAUUCGUUGCCAGCUGAUAGAGGGCCACCUUGAAGAUGCAGAACAACAGUUAGAAUUUCUCACAGAGAUUCAACAGUCUAUUGGAAAAUCAGGGGAGCUACUGUACCUACGUGCCGUACUGGCAGUGAAGAAGCGCCGCUCCCAGGAAGAGGUGACCAAUCUGCUGAAUGAUGCAGUGGACACACACUUCUCCACUCUGCAGAGUCUGCCUCUGGGAGUGGAGUACUUUGAGAAGCUGAACCCUGACUUCUUGUUGGAGAUUGUCAAAGAGUAUCUAGCACUGUGUCCUGCUAAGCCUCCAGCACAGGGCCAGCCUCCUGCUCCUCAGCUUCAGCACUGUGCCACAUUGUUGGAUACUGUGGUCAAGAUUGUGCCAUGUCUCCCCCAAGGUGUCUUCAUGCGAGCCAAAGUCAGAUAUCAGUCUGGUGACAUUGAAGCUGCUCAGAGCAGUCUACAACAUUGUCUGGACCAGUGUCCUUCCUAUGCAGAUGCUCAUCUGCUAAUGGCACAGAUUCAUCUGCUGCAGGGCAACUUCACACUGUCUUCCCAGUCUCUUGAGCUCUGCCUCAGCCAUAACUUUGAGAUCCGAGAACAUCCCUUGUACCACCUGAUCAAUGCUCAGGCUAAGAAGAAAAUGGGUGAGCUGACAGAGGCUAUUCAGACACUCCAGAUGGCCAUGAGUCUUCCAGGCGUCCGCAGAGCUGGAUCCUCGUCCAAAUCCAAGAACAAGAAGAUUGAGCUGAGUCCAGCCGACUGUCUCUCGGUCUUCUUGGAGUUAGCUGAGGCCCUGUGGCUCAACGGAGAACAGCAUGAAGCAGCAAAGGUGAUGCAGGAUGCAAUCAAUGAGUUCUCUGGAACCCCUGAGGAGCUACGUGUCACUAUUGCCAAUGCGGACCUGGCCCUGCUGCGGGGUGACACCGAGCUGGCACUGAGUAUGCUCAGAAACAUUACCCCUGAGCAGCCCUACUACAUCCAAGCCAAGGAGAAAAUGGCAUACAUAUAUCUGAACCACAGGAAAGAGAAACGUCUGUAUGCAAGCUGUUACAGAGAAAUGGUGGAGAAGCUGCCCAGCCCUCACACAUAUCUCUUACUAGGGGAUGCCUUCAUGCACAUUCAAGAACCUGAGAAAGCCAUUGUUGUUUACGAGCAAGCUCUGAAGAAAAACCCCAAAGAUGGUGCUUUAGCCAGCAAAAUUGGGAAAGCCCUGGUCAAGACUCAUAACUACAUGAAGGCAAUAAAUUACUACGAAGCAGCGCUGAAGACGGAGCAGCAGAACUUCCUGCGCUACGACCUGGCUGAGCUGCUGAUGAAGAUGAAGCAAUAUCAGCGCUGUGAAGGAGUCCUGCAAGGAGCUCUGGCCCAUGAGCCAGUGAACGAACUGCUUGCACUCUCAGAUGAUUGCCGCUAUCUGGUCCUGUUGGCAAAGAUCCAAAAUAAGGUUGACAAAAAUGAGGAAGCUUUACUUUCCCUACAAAGAGCCCGGGAUGUGCAGGCCAAGGUGCUGAAGCGGGUGCAGUUGGAGCAGCCUGACGCCGUCCCCACGCAGAAACAGCUUGCUGCCGAGAUCUGCGCUGAGAUCGCUAAACACUACACAAGUCAGAGGGGCUAUGAGAGAGCAGUCAAAUUCUACAAAGAAGCUCUUGUGUAUUGUGAGACUGAUCGCAAGGUGAUGCUGGAGUUGGCACGGUUGUACCUUACUCUAGAUGAGGUCGACGCUUGCCAGGAGCAGUGCAGCAUCAUUUUGAAGAGUGACCAGUUUAACGAAGAUGCAACUCUGAUGAUGACUGACAUUAUGUUUAGGAAGCAGGACUAUGAGCAGGCAGUCUUCCACUUUCAACAACUUCUGGAGCGCAAACCAGACAACUACCCAACACUGUCACGUCUCAUUGACUUGUUGAGGAGGGCCGGCAAGUUGGAAGAAGUUCCCAGAUUUCUUGAUAUGGCAGAAAAACAUUCUUCCAGGACAAAAUUUGACCCCGGGUUCAACUACUGCAAAGGACUGUAUCUUUGGUUCACAGGAGAACCUAAUGAUGCUCUGCGGCACUUCAACAAAGCCCGGAAAGACAAUGUUUGGGGUCAAAAUGCCGUGUAUAACAUGAUUGAAAUCUACCUAAACCCUGACAAUGACACCAUGGGAGGAGAAGUAUUUGAGAAUUUAGAUGGUGAAGUAGGGACCUCCACGGAGAAGCAGGAGUCAGAGCAGCUUGCUGUGAGAACAGCGGAUAAGCUGCUGAAGGAGUUAAAGCCUCAGACAUCAGGAGGACACACACAGCUCCGCAUCCUGGAGAACUACUGCUUUCUGGCCACUAAACAGAAGGCCAAUGUAGAGAAAGCCCUUGGUGUUUUCACAGAGAUUGCAAACAAUGAAAAAGAACACGUACCGGCACUGUUGGCCAUGGCGACAGCUUAUAUGAUGCUGAAACAGACUCCCCGAGCCAGGAACCACCUCAAACGCAUAGCUAAGAUGAACUGGAAUCUUGUUGACGCCGAUGAGUUUGAGAAGAGCUGGCUGCUCUUGGCAGACAUCUACAUCCAUUUGGGGAAGUACGACAUGGCCGGGGACCUCUUGAAGAGGUGCCUCAAUCAUAACAAGUCAUGCUGUAAGGCUUAUGAAUAUCUGGGCUACAUAAUGGAAAAAGAGCAGGCAUUCCGUGAUGCAGCUCUCAACUAUGAACUGGCUUGGAAAUAUGGAAAUCGAACUAACCCAACUAUUGGAUACAAGCUGGCUUUCAACUACUUAAAAGCAAAGAGGCAUGUUGAUGCCAUAGAUGUGUGUCAUAAGGUUUUGGCUGCUCAUCCAAAUUAUCCCAGAAUGAGAAAGGACAUCCUGGACAAAGCUCGUGCUGCCCUGAGAUCUUAGUGUUGGAACUGUGUGUGUGUGUGUGUGUGUGUGUGUGUGUGUGUGUGUGUGUGUGUGUGUGUGUGUGUGUGUGUGUGUGU